GUAGACAGCGGACUAGCAAGAGAAUUUUCAUGGCGGAAGAUACAAGGCAUUUCACAGACAUCAAAGAUAUUCGGCCCGGCAUAAAAAACUUACACUGUUUAUUCAUAGUUUUGGAAGUCGGAAAAGCCACCAAAACGAAGGAUGCGCACGUUGUAAGGGCAUGUCGAGUAGCUGAUAAAACAGGCUCCAUUACGGUGUCUGUUUGGGACGAAGUCGGAGAAAUUCUACAACCAGGAGAUAUCAUUAAGUUUGUUCGAGGGUAUUCAUCAUUAUGGAAAGGAAGCUUAACUUUGUACACAGGCAAAGUGGGACACUUGGAGAAAGUUGGAGAUUUCUGCAUGACUUUUUGUGAGCAGCCAAACAUGAGUGAUCCUAAUGCAGAAUUUCUUCAGCAGUAUAAACAGGGGCUCCAAGGUGACCAAGGAAGAAAUUCUCCUAAUACUCCAACCACAACUGCUGGAUUGUCAUCUGUGGUGUCACGGAAUCAAAACCAUAACACAGAACAUUCACCAACAGUGACAUCACAUAACAACCAUCAUCCUCACAUGGGACCCAACACUGGUUCUCACAGAUUCCACCCAUACAGUAGGCCAGAUGGGAACAUAGCUGCCAAAGUAGAUGCGUCGCGUGAUCCAAGGUUAAAACUGCGGGGGAACAAUAAUGGCAAUAAUGGGAAUGGUGCAAACUUCAUUUCAUCAUCCACAAACGGGAAUAAUGGACACCCUAACGCUGACCCAAGUGCUCGCAAUGUAAUUAACACUAGUAGAGAUCCACGGACUCGUAGAUAACAUAGUUAGACCUGGUAAAUACAGUAUGAUAUAUUUCUUGCUCUAGUAACUAGUAGUAAGAUUUAUAACCUUUUGUAUUUUGUACAAAAGUCCAAAUACAAUGUAGUGAAUUAAAAUUUCUUUUUAUUAAAAUGCAGAAUUUUGUGUGGUUA